AUGACCAAGGUUCUCGUCACAGGCGGCAAUGGCUUCAUUGCAGCUCACAUUAUCGAACUCCUCCUCACCAAGGGCCACACCGUCAUCACCACAGUCCGCUCCGAAGUCAAAGCCAAGCCCAUCCGCGAUGCACACAGCGACAAAGACGAGCGUCUCCAAGUCGAGAUUGUGCCCGACAUGACCACCGAAGACGCCUUCGAGGCCGUCACCAAGAUUCCCGGUCUCGAAGCCGUCAUCCACACCGCCAGCCCCUUCCACUACAACUGGACAGACCCCCACGAGCUCAUUGGCCCCGCGGUCAACGGCACCAAGGGCGUCCUGGCCGCCAUCAAGCGCAAUGCGCCCACGGUCCGUCGCGUCGUUGUGACGUCGUCGUUUGCCGCCAUUGUGAAUGCCGACAAGGUGACGGACCCCAACACCAUCUUCUCCGAGGCGUCGUUUAACCCCACCACCAUUGACGACAUCAACAAGAGCCAGGCGCAUGCGUACCGCGCGUCCAAGACGCUGGCGGAGAAGGCGGCGUGGGACUUUGUCGCGCAGGAGAAGCCCAACUUUGACCUGGCGACGGUGAACCCGCCGUUUGUGUUUGGUCCUGUGGUGCACCAUCUUGCUACGGUUGAUGCGAUGAACACGUCCAAUGAGCGUCUUGUGCAGAUGCUGCGGGGACAGUGGAAGACGGAGAUCCCGCCUACGCUGGGCGUCAAUAUCUGGGUUGAUGUGCGUGAUGUUGCUGUCGCGCAUGUGGCUGCUAUGGAGAUGCCUGAGGCGAGCGGUAAGCGUCUGUUUACCACGGCUGGCCGCUUCAGUAACCGUGAGAUGGCGCGUAUUGUGCACGAGAACUUCCCUGAGUUUAAGGAUAAGGUUCCCGGGCCGGAUGUUGCCGGUGGCGAGGGCUCGCCUGCGGAUAAAAUCUUUGGCUUUAACAAUGAUGAGACGACAAAGUUGCUGGGUAUCCAGUGGACGUCGUUUGAAAAGUGCGUGGUGGACUUUACAAAUGGGGUCAAGGGUAUGGACCUGUAA